GGGGGUAAUGUGACUAAAAUGGAGCUCUGUGACCAUUAAUGUCCCAUGUUAUAAAGUAAGUAAAAACAAAGCCUGACUUGAUAGCCAGCAUUUCGACUUGGGCUUUGGGCUGGUGAGGGCACUUUAGAGCACCUCAUUACCACGCCAAUGACCCGGUGGGAUAUCUACUAGCCAGUGGAAACGGAAUUGUACUUGUGUGUAGCCAUAAGAGAGAUGCAAGACAAAGUAACAUCCAUUUCCUACUGGUAGUGGUGGUAUUUGAUUGACAGUUGCGCUAAAGUGGGAUUUCAGCACAUUCAACGGUCAAUUGGACACGACCAUAGGGGUCGAGAAAAGACCCAACUGUCUUGAUUUUUCACUAUUUUGAAGCCUCAUUUCAUGUAUGUCAAUAUUCCCCAAAUCAUUCAAACUGGACUGUGUUGUUUAAAACUUCUUUCUGGUGUGUGAAAUUUAGAAGACAUUUUCACUUUACUGGGACGAUGAUCGGCAAUGACUCGCCUGACUGCUUGAGUAUCCUGUGGUGUGGGAUUUGUUGUGAUUAAACCCGCCUCCCCCUUUCCUUUAUUGACCACUGAAAAAUUAUUGUGGCCAUGUACUGUAAAUGUCCAGCCCAAUAUUUAUGAUUUCAGAUCCUUGUGUGUGGUUAACCGAGUUUUGCUGAGCCACCAACAUUUGGUAUGAAACCUGACUGUCAUUUGUUGGAGAUUAGGGUUUAUCAGUGGAAAUACCCCCCACGACCCCCAGUGCUGUGGUGUGCUACAGUGAAGAAAAUAAGUAUUUGAACAACCUGCUAUAUUGCAAGUUCUCCCGCUUGGAAAUGAUGGAGAGGUACAACCUCUUUCCCUCAGUCAGAGCAUUGAAGAUGGGUCAUGGCUGGGUCUUUCAACAUGACAAUGACCCGAAGCACACAGCCAGGAAAACCAAGGAGUGGCUCCGUAAGAAGCAUAUCAAGGUUCUGGCUUGACCUAGGCAGCCUACAGACCUAAACGUAAUAGAAAAUCUUUGGAGGGAGCUGAAACUCCGUGUUUCUCAGCGACAGUCCAGAAACCUGUCUGAUCUAGAGAAGAUCUGUGUGGAGGAGUGGGCCAAAAUCCCUCCUGCAGUGUGUGCAAACCUGGUGAACAACUACAGGAAACAUUUGACCUCUGUAAUUGCAAACAAAGGCUACUGUAACAAAUAUUAACAUUGGUUUUCUCAGGUGUGCAAAUACUUAUUUGCAGCUGUAUCACACAAAUAAAUCAUUAAAAAAAAAUCAUACAUUGCGAUUUCUGUAUUUUUCUUUUUAGAUUAUCUCUCUCACAGUGGACAUGCACCUCCAAUGAAAAUUUCAGACCCCCCCAUAAUUUCUGAGUGGGAGAACUUGCAAUAUAGUAGGGUGUUCAAAUACUUAUUUUCUUCACUCUAUGUUGAGUAUCUUGAGGGCACCACACUAUAAAAACAGUGAGCACACGCUUUGUUUUUUUUUCUUUUGUCAUUUGGGGUCUCGCAAAUUUUAAAAAAAUCGCUGAAGAUGUUAAUAUAUGUACCCGGCUUGAGACCUCUCGUCAUUUACAAUCUUUUAUGAACAUUUCCUUUUUUCCGUUAGAUGCUGUCGAUGGAAUCGGCCUGCUGCUUGCCUUUCGGGCACCUCUUGUAUAAACUGCGCCAAACAAGUCAUGCGACUAACCUGCUGUGGCAAGCCGGCAGUAGCAACAACAUGCUGGUAUAAUUGAUCCAACAACCACAGAAGACCACUGUAGCUGCAAAUGCCACGAUUGCCUUUUUGUGACUGAAUACUUCACCCGAACGCCUCGUAAGCUCAGCGCUUACAACUCCUUCGCCAGUGUGGAACUGUUCCACUUCAAUGUGCCUGACAACACCAUGAUGGCCGUAUGGAACCUCAUUAUCUUCAAGGAACAAGGUGGUACCUUCGGUGACAGGUGCCCCAACCGCAACGUAGCGGUGUACGUAAGGUCCGGCGCUCCCCCGGUAAUCAACCCCCUGCAAACUCACUUCCCUCGGGAUACGAUUGUGCCAGGAUCCUUUGCGGUGACUCUGACCUGGAUGCUCCCAAAUCGAACCACGGGGGUGCUCAAUGUGACCAGCCCGCUCCCCGGGGACUGGUUCCUGGCUGCGCAUUUACCCAAGGAUGAAGGCAAGAUCUCAGUCAAGGGCCUGUCUGAGGAGUGCCAGUAUCUGUUCCAGCCUCAGCUCAUUGUCCAGAGGCUCAUUGGGAUUGCGGUGCUCUAUCCAGGAUACUUCGUUGACCAGAUGAUCCCGGCUCACAACAGAUCUGCUCUUUACAAAGUAUUUGCGCCCAAUUACGUAUCAAAGAUGAAAGUUCAGCUGCUCAACUGCGGCGUCAAGAACAAGAGCGGCAACACUUGUCCCGUGGUGUUGAAGAUAAGAGCUCGAGCGCCCCCCGUGCACAAUUCCAGCGCCCUCGACUGCAGGGAGUGGAGCCCCUGCGAGCUGGGCGCCUCGGUGCCCGCUUGGGAGCAAUGGUACUACAUCCAAGUGGAGCGAUACCUCACUAACGCCAACGUCUACUUCCGCAUCGGCGUGCAGGUUACAGACUGCAGCAAGUCCAACACAUCCAAGGUGCAGUCCCCAGCCAGCUCCACCAUGAACAUGCCGCAAUCGUUCGGCACGCCGAUGGCUUUGUCCUUGUCUGACGGCGUCUCCGUGGCGGCCCCGGGAGGACCGGCGGACAACGCCACUCAGCUGCUCUCCUCUGCGGACGGUGUGGUUUACAUCGCCUCCCCCGCCGACACUGACAAGUGCUGGCCCAUCCGCCCGACUCUUCGCAACGAGCUGGACACCUUCUCCGUGCACUUCUACGUCUUCUUCGGUCCAAAUAUCUCCAUUCCGCCUGACAGGGCGGCCGUGUUUGCCAUCAACCUCAUGCCCGUGUUGGACAGCGGGGGCGUUCUCAACAUGGAGCUGAAACUCAACACGUCGGCGCUUCAGGACAAGAAUGUCACCGUGUUUGGCUGCCUGACUCAUGGGAUGCCUCUCUUCCUCUGGCAAAACUCAUCAUUGAAAUGUGAAUCAGAAUCUGUAGCUGGCUUUUUCCUCUCCGUGAACGCUUCCACGAGUAUCACCAAACUCAGGAUUCCGUACCCCCAGACGGGCACGUGGUACUUCAGUCUGCGCUCUCUCUGUGCCACAGAACAUGGUUUGGAGACGUGCGCCAACGUCACCGUCGAGGUGUAUAUGCGCGCCUACCUGACGCCGUGCAUUAACGACUGCGGCACGUACGGGCAGUGCAAGCUGCUGCGCACCAACAACUACCUUUACGCUGCGUGUGAAUGCAAAGCAGGCUGGGAAGGCUGGGGAUGCACAGACAAUUCCGAGGCCUACUCGUACAGCUUCCAACUUCUCUCCACCCUGCUGCUGUGUCUCAGCAACCUCAUGUUCGUCCCACCGGUGGUCAUCGCCGUUCGCAGCCACUACCUACUGGAGGCUUCCGUCUACAUCUUUACCAUGUUCUUCUCCACCUUCUACCACGCAUGUGACCAGCCGGGUAUCGUGGUCUUUUGCAUAAUGGAGUACGACGUUCUGCAGUUCUGCGAUUUCCUCGGGUCGCUCAUGUCAGUGUGGGUCACGGUCAUCGCCAUGGCCAGGCUGAAGUCCAUCAUCAAACAGGUACCUUGACUGAAAUCCCUCAGUUCUCCGCCGGUGAGAACGUGUGUGUGCGGAGGCUUGCUUCCGAGAUUCUUAUUCACAUAUUCAUCGUCACGCAAAAUUUUCACCUGACAACC